CCUUCAUGUUGGAUCCAGUUGGAGUUUGGGCAGAGGGAGGGAGAGAUGAGACAGCAGCAGCCGGAGAAAAAGAGGGAAGUGGAAGAUCCGGCUGUAUUUACAGAUCCCUUGUCAAAGGGACCCAUUUCAGGGGAAUGCACCCGUUCCUGCGCUGUGACGGGCGAGGUGCCUGUUUGAAAAGCAAAAGAACAACUCUGAACCUGAGCGAGCAAGUCAAACACAGAAGACAGAGCAGAGCAGAGCAGAGGGUGGUGAGGGAAGUGAGUGGGUGUAAAGUGACUUCAUUUGUAGUCUAUUUAAGGUAUGUUUUACUCGUCCUUGUGCUGCUCCUCCAUCAUCCAAUACUCUUCUAGUUAGCGCAGCAGGGGAAUAGUCAUCGAGCGCUUUUCUUCUUGUACAAAAAAAAACAAAUUACCGUCCUUUAUUCGUCUGAAAAAAUAAAACAGUCGGGUGAUCUCAGGAGAGAUUUAGCAGCGGUGUAAAUAAGCAAAAGUGCAGCUUUGUCACACUCCUGAGCUUUUCAAUAAAUAUGUACACUUUCUGGUGGCUUUGCUCAACAUCCGUGUGCUGUUCUUUUCACAUCCUCUCUGUUUAUAACUCUUUGUCAACGUUUUAAAGUCAAUCUGCUUGGGCGUGGGGAGCCUCGUCUGUCAAGUAGGGACUAUUUUUUUGUGUCAUUAGAAGACUUUGUUUGACUCAAAUAAAGCUGAUCCGCCCCAUGUUCAAACGAUAAGAACGGUAAAUCCUGGCUAUCACGCCUUUGCUGUUACCCUGCUUCUCUGAUAAAAAGAAAAAAUCCUCUGGCCUCAGAAUUCUGGUUGUCCCUUAAAUUGCAUUUCCAAGUGUAAGCAUCCUGUGAACUUUUUGUGUCACCCCUAAAUAAAUUUUAAUAUUUGAAAAAUCUUUAUUUAUUUAAGUCAUUAAUCUAUUGUCUAAGUUGCAUCUUCAAUUAUUUAUUUUCAAUUUCUUUUUAUUGGACAUUAAAUGACAAUGAAAAUGAAAGUAAAUUCUUAAUUUUGACGACAUUUCUUGGAAUGGAAUCUUAAAUCCCCUUUUUGUUUUAAUCUGAUCAAUACACAAGUGCUUCUUUUUUUGUGAGAGGUGACAUUAUGUGUGUCACCAGUCAAGUGUUAAUAUAGAAUUGUUGUCCUGUUUGUUGUUUGCAUUAGUCAUAUGUCGACAUUAAGGUUGGCCUGACAUUUGUUCUCACAUGGGAGUUGUGUUAGUUUAACAUAUAAAUAUGAAUUAUACAGAGUGAAGUACAUCAGGACAAACACUGUUAAUCCUCAGCUUCUCUUGCCUGCUAAAACCAAUAUGUGUGCGCUGAGCAACAUGCAGUUCCUGAGCGUGGCAGCUAAUAUUCUCCAGUUUUGAUAUUAUGAUGUGAAAAUUGCCCCUCAAGUAGGAGAGAAACUAGAAAUUCCCCACUGAAAUCUGACCGAGAGCCUUCAAAUCUCACACACGGGUGUCAAUGAGCAGCAUUUUUUGAAUCGCAAAAAAUAUCAAUGAGGUCCAGAAGUAUGAGAGGUUUCUGCUCGCGCAUGAUUGGGUUCAUGCACGUGCACGUCAGCGCUCACACAAAGACACAAAGCAUAUGUUGCCACUGUCAACAGCAGCAGUAGCAAACAGCCGCUGAGAGUCUGUGUCGGGUGCAAGUGUGGGCUGCGGGGGACACCGUGAAUGUAUGUCGUGGAUGAACGUGCUCUGGAAAAUAUAUGCUUAACAAUCAUGAAAACAAGAGGCAAAAACUCACCCUGAGCUGCUCUUUUUUAAUUCUACGUGAGAGUGCUUCCUUUUACUUCUGAUCCAAAAAGUUCACACACUCUCACUGUGUUGCAGAAGCUAAAACUGAAACUAAUUCAACUCAGUGCCUGUAUUAUUCUAGUCAAUGCUUUCACAUCAGUUUAUAGCGGGCACUACUUUGGGGGGUAAUAGGAUAAGAUCCCCGCACACCCGUCAUCCUUUCACCUGUCUCACACCCACGUGUGUACACAGCCGUGCCGCUCAGCACAGGGCGCUCAUUGUAGCAGUGACAGGAGGGCACCCGUUAAGUGGCUGUCUGUUCCUGGGGCCUUUGUGUGUCUGUGUGGGGUGUGUGCGCGUGCUGCCUUCAUGUGGCUGGUAGGGUGGAGAAGGGCAAUGAAGGACCCCUACUGGUAAAGUGGGUAAACUUGCACAGUCUUGACAUCUGCGCUCAGAGGGAGGAGGGGGCAGGGGAAGAGGGGAAGGAUGAGGAGGAGGAGGGAGGAGGAGAAUAGACACCACCAGAGGAGGACAGAGUAGGGAAAGAGGAGAGGAGUGAGGGAGGGAGAGAGAGAAGAGUCUUGGCAGGAAGCGGUUGAGGAGAAAAUGCCUUGCUUUGUGGAAAGAAUCUUUCCAGGGCAGGAGGGAGAGGUGAGGCAGAGCGCAGAGGGCAGUCUGCCACCAGCUGAAAGCAGUUUAUGCACUGAAACGAUCUCAGGAAAACCCAAGAUGGCCGCCAAAAGAAAAGGUGGCCUAAAACUCAACGCUAUCUGUGCCAAGCUCAGCCGGCAGGUGGUCUACGACGGCAGCUCCCAGAAUGCGGAAGGAGACCAGAGUGUAGCGGAGAACAGCGAGCGUGGCAGUUCCCACUAUGACGACAACGAAACCAACUUCCCAGAGAGCCUGAGCCUCGAGGAGGACCAGAAGCGACGCGAGGCCAUUGAGAAGUGGGUCAACGGUGAGUACGGCGACGAGCUGCCGACCUCAGACUGCGGGGACGAGCAGGAGAAUGAACUCAAAAGCAGAAAUGAUGAAGACGAACCUCCAGAGGGGGUCUACAUGGUCCAGCCGAAAGGCUGCAGCGACGAAGAAGACAAUGGUGAGGAGGCCGAGCCGCUGACAGGCUCGAACGACGGCAGUUACCAUGACGACAAAUCAGCUGAGGCGGGGCAUUUGAAGACUGAGGCCUUUAUGCCAACAAGCGAAACCCCAAGUCGCCAAGCACCUUUCGCCUCUCCAGGGGAAGCUUCAGCCCUGCGAGACUAUGCAGCCAACACCAUGAAUGAAUUUCUAGGAAUGUUUGGGUAUGAUGACCAGCAGGUUCGUGAUGAGCUGACAAAGAAGAUCAGCUUUGAGAAGCUGAAGGCCGCUACCUCAGACCCCUCAUCCCUCAGCAAUGAGGAGGCUUCGCGGCGUGCUCGCUUCUCCAAAUAUGAAGAGUACAUCCGCAAGCUGAAGGCAGGGGAGGCCCUCCCGUGGCCCCUGCACGCUUCCCCACCAAAACCAGAUGACCUCAAUGCAAAGAUGGCCCAAGACAAAAGUGUGGGCAUACUUCAGACCCCCGGUUGCCUCCCGGCAGCUGAGGCCCAGAUGUACCCCUCCAGCUUGGACCAGAAGCAGCCUGGAGCCCCUCAGCUUGGCGCCACACAGCCGUCCAACCCCUCCCACAUCCAAAACAUGGCGUCCCGCUCCUCAAAGUACGAUUUCUAUAUCCAGAAACUGAAAAUGGGCGAAAGCCUGCAGCAGCAGAAUGGAAACACUUACAAGCGCUCCUCAAAGUACGACUUGGAGAAUAUCAAGUACCUGAACCUGUUCAAGCCGGGCGAGGGCAAUCCAGACAUGGGGGGAGCAAUUGCGUUCAAAACUGGCAAGGUGGGCCGCCCAUCCAAAUAUGACAUCAGAACAAUCCAGAAGCUGAUGCCGGGGAACCCUGAAACCUCCAUGAUGCCCAACGUUCUGGCGACAGCACCCGGGAACCCCGGUGCGCCCGGCGUGCCUGCCCUGGGAGCAGCCAGCGCCACCAUUGCUCCAGGUCUCGCCAUUGACCAGACUGGGCAUCUCAGCUUCACCACUUCUGACUACCUGAAGUCCAGCUUUUCCAAGACUGACUCCAUCACCACGGGCACCGUGUCCUCUGUUAAGAAUGGCCUGCCACCAGAUAAACCCGCCAGCGACGACAUCAACCUCUACCAGAAAUAUAUUGCAAGGUUCUCUGGAAGCCAACACUGCGGUCAUGUGCACUGUGCGUACCAGUACAGGGAGCACUAUCACUGCAUGGACCCGGAGUGUAACUACCAGAGGUUCACAAGUAAGCAGGAUGUGAUCAGGCACUACAACAUGCACAAGAAAAGGGACAACUCCCUGCAGCACGGCUUCAUGCGCUUCAGCCCGCUAGACGACUGCAGCGUCUACUACCACGGCUGCCACCUCAAUGGGAAGAGCACCCACUACCACUGCAUGCAGGUGGGGUGCAGCAAGGUGUACACCAGCACCUCUGAUGUCAUGACCCAUGAAAACUUCCACAAGAAGAACGCCCAGCUGAUCAACGACGGUUUCCAGAGAUUCCGUGCGACGGAAGACUGCGGCACCGUGGGCUGCCAGUUCUAUGGGCAGAAGACAACACACUUCCACUGCAGGCGUCCUGGCUGCACGUUCACCUUCAAGAACAAGUGUGACAUUGAGAAGCACAAGAGCUACCACAUCAAGGACGACGCGUACGCCAAAGAUGGCUUCAAGAAGUUCUACAAGUACGAGGAGUGCAAGUACGAGGGCUGCGUCUACAGCAAAGCGACCAACCACUUCCACUGCAUCCGCUCCGGCUGCGGCUUCACCUUCACCUCCACCAGCCAGAUGACCUCACACAAGCGCCGGCACGAGCGCCGACACAUCCGCUCCUCGGGGGUGAUGGGCCUGUCCUCCACCUUCAUGGCGCCCAAGGACGAGCCGGAGGAGUCCAGCAACGACGACCUGAUGGACUUCUCCGCCAUCAGCAGCAAGAACUCCAGCCUGAGCGCCUCGCCCACCACUCAGCAGUCCACAACCGUGUCGCACCUGAUGGCCACGCCCACCACGGUCGUCUCCGCUUCCUCGCCGGGCCACACCCUCAAGUCUGCCCCCUCAAUUCCUGGCAGCGGUCAGCGCAUGUCCACGCUGCUGUCCCAGGCUCUGCCCAGCAAUAUUCCAGUGGCGCUCGCCCUCUCGAACAGCAACCCGUUCUUCCCACUCAUACCUAGACUUCCUCUGCAGCCCCCAACACCCGCUGCAGCUUCCCUGAUCUCCGCUGUGUCCUCUGGAGCCCACUCCAUGUCCACCGACUCACCAACUCAACCGGCAGCUGGUGCCGACAGGACCAUGGUGUCCACCCCGACCUGUUUCACCACCUCCUCCAUCAUGGAGAAGAUCUCUGCCAGCAAAGGUCUGAUCUCACCGAUGAUGGCUCGACUUGCUGCUGCUGCCCUGAAGCCCUCAAGCAAUGCAGACACAGGGAACGGGCAGGCGGCCUCAGCCAACCAGUUUAGUCUGGCUCAAGUGAAGCAGGAGCCCGUGGACGGAGCCCAGCAGGAGUCCACGCAGGAGCACAGUCUGGACCUGAGCAAGAAAGAACACAGUAAUGAAUCAAAUGGACACCCUGUACCGGGGAAUACAUCUCUUUUAUCCUCGCUUAUGAAUAAGAUGACACACGUGAACCCGGCUCUGUUCAACUUGAAGACUGAGAUGGAGGGAGGUCAGGGGGCCGACAACUCAGAGGCAGCACAGUAUCUGAACAGAGUGCUCAAGAGACCUUUGGCUGAGAAACCUACUGAGAUAUGGAAGACAUACCUUCGCAGGUUUGACACCGACGACUUCUGCGAGGCUCAGUGCGACUUCCUGCAGAAGGUCCACUUCCACUGCCUGGUGGACGACUGUGGCGCCCUCUUCAGCACUGUGGAUGGUGCCAUCAAACACGCCAAUUUCCACCUGAGAGCCACCCUGAAGGUGAAGUCUGAGCCACAUGGCCCCAGCGAGGGGACUCCGCUGCAGCCCGCCGCCCCCGUCUCCAUGGCCAACAAUCCCUCCAUGGACAUGGCACAGAUGAACUCCUCGGGCGGCUACAGCUCACCACCUCCCUCCUUGCUGGCGUGGAAGCAGCUGACCGGCAGCAUCCCUCAGAUGCCGGCCUCCAUGCCCAACCUGCCGGCCAGCUCCCCCCUAGCCACCACCUCCUUGGAGAACGCGAAGCCUCAAGUCAAACCUGGAUUCCUGCAGUUCCAGGAAAAUGACCCAUGCCUGGCAACAGACUGCAAGUAUUCCAACAAGUUCCACUUCCACUGCCUGUUUGGGAACUGCAAGUACGUGUGUAAGACCUCCGGGAAGGCGGAGUCUCACUGUCUGGACCACAUCAACCCCAACAACAACCUGGUCAACGUGCGAGACCAGUUCUCCUACUACUCUCUCCAGUGUCUCUGCCCCAACCAGCACUGCGAGUUCCGCAUGAGGGGCCACUAUCACUGUCUUCGGCCCGGCUGCUACUUUGUCACCAACAUCACCACAAAGCUGCCAUGGCAUGUGAAGAAGCACGAGAAGGCCGAGCGCCGCGCCGCCAAUGGUUUCAAAUACUUCACCAAGAGGGAAGAGUGCGGCAGGAUGGGCUGCAAGUACAACCAGGUGAACAGCCACUUCCACUGCAUCCGCGAGGGCUGCCAGUUCUCCUUCCUGCUCAAACACCAGAUGACCUCACACGCACGGAAGCACAUGAGGAGGAUGCUCGGGAAGAACUUUGACAGAGUCCCGUCCCAGGUGAUGCCUCUGGUCCAGAGGGGAGACGAGAUGCAGCACGUGUCCAACAUGGCGUCCGGGCAGGCCGGCGGUCAUCUGGACAUGGGCUCCGGCUUCUCCUCCUCCGGCGUCAUGGACGAGACCGACGACUACAUGGACUACACAGGAGCGGGGGGCAGUCCGCUGGGCCUGUCCUCAGAGUCCUCCAACCCAGACCGCAGCUGCACCAGCACCCCAGUGGGACACGACGGCUCGCCGGCAGGACAAGGCUGCCCAACCACCACCUCCGCUCCCACCACCCCUGCUGACACCCCCCAAACUGCACCUUCUUCUAGUUCUUCUUCCACCCCACCACCCCUCCCUGCUCUGCCCCCUCACUCUGUCCCUCAGCCCGGCCUCCAGUCGCAGGCUCCGUCCCCGACUCCCGCCCUCCUCCGGCCCCCUCUCCCCUCGCUGCCAUACCUCCUGUCUCCAUCCUGUCUGUCAUACUCUCUGCUCAGCGCCUCUCUGGGAGCCACUCGGAGUGUUGUCAUGCCAACCAACACACCAGCUUUCAGCCCCAUCAUUGCCACCCCGUCUCCGGUUAAAAAUGACGUCCCUAUAGUUCAGGAUGCUGCAGGCAACACCAUCUCCAUGCCGGCAGCGACCGGAGCCAAGAAGCGCUUCUGGAUCAUUGAGGACAUGUCGCCCUUCGGCAAGCGCCGCAAGACGGCGUCCUCACGCAAGAUGCUGGACGAGGGGAUGAUGCUGGAGGGCUUCCGGCGCUACGAUCUCUACGAGAACUGCAAGGACACCAGCUGCCAGUUCUCCCUGAAGGUCACCCACUACCACUGCACUCGGGAGAACUGCGGCUACAAGUUCUGCGGUCGCACACACAUGUACAAGCACGCGCAGCACCACGACCGCGUGGACAACCUGGUUCUGGACGACUUCAAGAGGUUCAAGUCCACCCUCAGCUGCAACUUCCCCGACUGCCAGUUCUCGGGCAACAGCACCCACUUCCACUGCCUGCGCUGCGGCUUCCGCUGCACCGACAGCACCAAAGUCACGGCGCACCGCAAGCACCACGGCAAGCAGGACGUGAUCAGCGCCGCCGGGUUUUGCCAGUUCAGCUCCAGCGCCGACUGUGAGGUUCCAGACUGCAAGUAUAAGCUCAAGUGCUCCCACUUCCACUGCACCUUCCCGGAGUGCAAGCACACUGUGGUGGGGAUGUCCCAGAUGGACUCACACAAGAGGAAGCACGAGAAGCAGGAGCGCGGCGAGAUGACCUCAUUGUCACCCCACCAGGAGGUGCCGCACCACCUGGCGCUUCCUCCUCCGCCGAUAAGUCUGUCUGCUUCGACGCCUGCUGGCCUGAAGGCUCUGUCCCACGGCAUCAGCAGCAGCGCCCCCUCCAUGAUCUACUCCUCACUCUCCGAAUACCACCCAUUCCCGCCGGCCUCCGUCAACCUGGACAGCUCCCUCAACCUGGGCACCGACGCCAACAGCUCCCUCUUCUUCCUCAAGAACGCUGCCGGCCUCGGACUCAGCGACUCGCUGGACCUCAGCAAGAAGAUCCACCAGGAGGCGGCACACUGCGGCCCUGCUCACAGCUCCACCCCCCCUCUGGGCCUGUCGGCCACCCAGGACGACACCACCGGCACGUCCGCUGACGCCGAAGACGACCUGUCGCCCGAAGACGAGGCGCAACCCGAUGACAAGGAGGAAGAGGAGGAGGACGAGGACGACGACGAAGACCUCAACAGCGACUCGAAUGACGAAUCGAUGGCCGACGGCGAGAAAGACUUUGGGGACAACUUCGAUGCUUCCGUUAACCACACCGAUGCUUCCCAACUAGACAAAGAAGAGCCGUGAACGUCGCGGCCUCACCAGAACCAACGGCCCAGAAGGACCCGCGGCCGUGUUUACACGACCUCCAACAGGGCGAACUCAUUAUGCAUUAAACAAGGACACGGACGCCAGGCCUCGCGUGAGCGCGCGGCGCCCAUGUAAAGCAUUUUACUACACAUCAGUCGUUUUCGUGUGCGUGCAUGUUUGACUUUAAUUUAUUUUUCCCCCACUUAUUUUGUGUGUCGACAAAAAAAAAAAAGAAAAAACAGAUCUCUAUAUAACGAUAUUUGUGCGUGCGCGUGAUAUUAAACGUGGACUCCUGAAGGGGACGAGCGGCGGGAAACUAACGGUGGAUCUUUUUACUGUAUUACAAACGGCCGGAGGAAACGUGGAGACUGGUCGGGAACACUUCUCUCUGCUAGGAAACAAAACAGAAAAAAAGACUCCCCUGUCCUGCCCCCUGCUGUGGAGGACUCGUGUGUGUGGACAGUGCACUUUUCUAGACCAUGAUAACAACAUAUUUAAAAUAUUUUUGUUACCAUUACUGUGUAGUUUUGUUGUGUCGUUUCGUCGGAAGCAUAUCGAUCGGAGAGGUUGCGAUUCAUGGAGGGUGGGGGUGGCGGGGCUGAACAGAAGAAAUGAUACGUCAAUCAGAGGUAGCGGGGGAGGGGCGGGGGAGUGUAUUUAAUAUUGAAAUUGUACAGUGCAGAAGCGCCCGGUCGGCGCGUCUGUUUGUUUUCCACUCACUCUGGCUGGUUUUAUUUAAUAUUUAUGUGACCUUCCAAAAAAUACUUUUAGGGUGUUCUUGCACUUUUUAGUUUGUAACCGUCUGAAAAAAGAAAAAAAAAGAUAGAUAUAUAUAUAUAUAAAUAUAUAUAUCGUCCAACAGGGAAUUUUGCUUUAAGGAUUUUAGUUCACUUUGUUUGCUUUAAUGCACAAGUUAGCAAAGAGUUGUGAUUUUAUUUAAUUUUUUUAUUUGUGUGUGUGUGUGUCUGAUCGGAGCGGGACGCGACCCGCGCGAGUGAGAAACACUAAUGCGGACUGUGAUUUGAAUUUACUCUUCCUGUGUCUUUACUGUAAAACUAAAUUAUACAUCCUGUUUAUAUGUACGACCUGCGGAGCAUUGGAAAUGGAGGGGAUAUGAAUAAUAAUAAAGGUGUGACCAUGAUGUUCCUCCUCACGUUGUUUUGAGAAGUAAACAAACAAAAAAAGGUUGUACAGUAUUUUCCUCCUGUAAAAAUAACUAUAUAUGAACAAAAUGCUCUUUGAUGAACUUCCUUUAAAAAGAAAAAGGUAAAAAAGGAGAAACGAGAAAUAAAAAGUCAAAAACAUUCUGGUAUCUUCAGAGUUUGCUGGUGUGACGUUUUUGAACAGGGGGGGGGAUUUCACCGGUUUCAUCCUGGCUGUUCAGCUGUUUUACUGGCUUAAAACUACAAAAUAGCUGGGUUAUUAUCAUUGGAUUUUCACUUUGGUUGAGCGUAAGGGUUAAGUUUAGC